AUGGACUCCAAAUCGCCACAAAUAUCCGAUUACUCUUUUGAUACAGGGAAUGGUCUCACAGCGGAGCCUUGCAAUUCGGUUAGGCCCAUGCGGCUGCAUCCUUACAUCUUUUUGAGAUGGGGGGAUUCCAAGGUGGUUCUGCCUGCUAUAUUCUUCACAGCCACCAGUGCUGCAGUUCCGACCGGUCUCACGAUACUAUUUGGGCGUAUUUUCGACAAGCUCGCCAGAUACCAGAAGGGAAGCUAUGCUAGCAGUGACGAGUUCGUGAACGAUCUUGCCCUAGCAUGUUUCAGCAUCACUUUAAUGGGGGUAGGGGCAUCGAUUUCCAGCUGGAUUCAAUUAAGUUGUUGGAUGCGUAUUGGUGAGCUUCAACAGAGCAGGGCCAGGCAGCUUCUUCUUGAUUCGCUGUUGAAGCGACCUAUGGCCUUCUUCGAGGAGGGGGACCUCAACGGUGAUCUGGUUCAGGUCAACCGUUGCAUAGAAGAGUUGCGUAAAGCCACCAGUGAGUGUUCUGCAAUAAUUCUUCUUUCAAUUCUUUCAAUUCUCAGUCUCACCGUUACCAGUUUCAGAUACUCGUGGUCACUGACUUUGGUGACCUUGUCGUCACUUCCUCUCAUUGCAGUAUGUGCGGUGGUGUUUGGAAAUUUGUAUCAAAAGUAUUCCCGAAUGGAAAAUGAGAACUCGGCGCUUGUUUCAAAAAUAAUUGAUUGGUCGGUGGUAUCUCCAAUUAUCCUGAAGAGUUUUAAUUCGCAAAAUGACGAAAUGAAGAAGUUCGAUGUUGGUGCUGGUAAAUGCAGAGGUGCAUUCUUGAAAGCAUCCAUGUACAUGUCAAUGAACCUUGCUGUUUUGAGAACCCUUGGGCUGCUUAUGUUUGUACAGGCAUUCUGGUUUGGAUCCACUAUGGUCAGAAAGGGCAAAAUAAGCUCGGGUUCUGUGAUGUCGUGUUUCUAUGCAUGUGUGUCUAUUAUAGAGACUCUCCACAGUCUCACCGGCCAAUUGGCCGUAUUCCAGAAAGCAAGAAUCUCUCUAGAAAAAAUUGUGGGGUUCAUAGGCACCCAAGAAAUAUUUCCAACAAAUUCGCUACCGAGCAAUAUUGAUCUAUUGGUUUAUCCAGAAAUUAAACCCAAGGGUAGAAUCAUAUUCAACAAUAUCAGCUUUGCAUAUCCAGCCCGAAGGUCCCUGCAGGUGCUGCAUAAUAUUUCAAUUACCAUUGCAGAGGGGAAAGUAACCUACAUCGUUGGAAAAUCAGGCUCUGGAAAAUCGACUCUAGGAUCGUUACUGCUUGCCCUGUACAAGCCAGAUACGGGAAAAAUAACUGUUGACGGAACAGAUGUAUCUGCUGUUGAUCCUAGAUGGCUCACAGAUAAUAUAACGCUAGUCCAGCAGGAUGGAAUUCUGUUCAGCGGUAGUAUCCGUGAAAACAUAUUACUUGGUAUAAAGGCUAAUUACUGGGACAGAUCGGAGCCUCUGUUGAAUUCGGUCAUUGAUAGCUGCAGGCUGAAAGAGAUGGUUGACGGGCUUCCGGAUGCAGUAAACACCAAGAUAGGCACUGGAGGUGUCUCUCUGAGCGGUGGUCAAAAGCAGAAAGUUGCCCUAGCAAGAGCAAUGCUUCGCGACUCCCCCAUUCUAAUUUUGGACGAAAGUGUUAGUGCUCUGGAUAUUUAUCAGAGAGAAGCAUUGAUUCUUGAAGUAAAGCGUUGGAGAGUUGGCAGAACCACAAUCAUCCUGACCCAUGAAUAUUCCACAAUUAGUUGGAGGGACUUUGUCUGUCUUAUGGAAAAUGGACAAGUACUUGAAAUGGGAACCAAGUUCGAUCUCAUGAGACAACGAGGAAAAUUCGCAGAACUUUGCCAUAAGCGGUUCCUGUCAACGUCUGCAGACCCCGGAUUUGUAUUCGUCGAUAAGCAAUUGAUGAAGGAGACUUUUAGUCAGAGACCUCAAAGGCAAUUCACAAAAUCCCAGAGUCACGUUUCUCGUUUGCUUUUAUCCACAGUUGAUUUUAAUGAGUUUGGAACCUCAAUUGGACAAGCAGUUCAGCCCGAUGUGGAGGCACAGAUUGAGCCUGCGUCCCUUGCUACAAACGAUCCUGUUCAGCCAUUGGGCCUCUGGAGGAUUAUAAGAGGGCUCCGGUCUCAUUUAACCAGUCCUUUUUCAUUGUUCUUUGGUAUAUUUUGCGCUGUUGUGAACGGUGGAAGCAAUCCAGCUUUCUCGUACUGCUUUGCCAGGCUGAUCUCAGGAAUACUGCCUACAGGAGGUGACGUCGGAAGUUCGUCAUUCUUGGUUAAAUGGAGUUUAAUUGUCUCCGGAAUUGCAGUCCUUGAUGGUGCCACUACUUUUGGCAAAAGGUAUCUCCUGGCUUAUUCUUCUGAGGCAUGGAUAAAGUCGAUUCGUUUGGUCUCCUUUGGCAAUCUGCUCAAGCAGGAGACUUCGUGGUAUGAAAAAGAGACCAACAAGGCGGCCGAGGUGUCAGCUUUACUUAUGAAUGAUUCCCGUGAUCUCAGAGUUCUUAUUGGAGAAUUUCCUGGGAUUUUGGCAAGCUUCACCAUCAUUUUGAGCGUUUCUGUACUGUGGUCCCUAGUCUGUGGUUGGAAGCUCACGUUGGUGGCCAUUGCAUUCAUCCCAUUGUUCAUUUUGACUGCGGGUUUAUACACCAUUAUGCUUCAAAAAUCAGAACAAUGUUACAAAAAUCAGGUUGUUGAAAUUGAGAACCAAUUGCACGAGGUUGUGGAAGGAAUAGCCACAGUCAAGUGUCUUGAUCUGGGCAGCCACUUCUCCAAGACAUCUCUUGAUGGUAUUGCCAAACUUGUCCGUAGGGGAAAUAUUCGAGCCUUUCAAACAGGUUUUGGAAUAUCUAUAUCGGGCUUAACAUUAUAUGCCUCGCACGGGGUUUUGCUAUUUUAUGGCUUGAAGCUUUUCGUGAUUAAACAGUACACCAUCCUCCAGACGAUGGAGGUCUUCUCGCUCAUGAUAUUUGGACUUGUCACCGCAGUCAGGGCUAUUUCUCAGAUACCAGAUAUAAGUCGUGCUAAGAGAGCAGGGACACAUCUAUUAGCUCUUACACAAUUGAAACCGUCGAGAACUGAAGUUUCAGGCUACGCAAAACCGAGUAUCGCAGUCAACCAGGGACAGAAUCUGAUACGGUUUGAAAAUUUAACAUUUGCUUAUCCUACGAGACCAAACAUCAAAGCUCUCAAAAAUUUGAGUCUAUCUAUUGAUCAAGGUGAAACUGUUGCUAUAGUUGGAGCCUCUGGCUCUGGAAAGUCCACAAUCGUAUCUCUGGUGUCACGGUUAUACGAAGCUCCAGACGAGCACUUGCUGUUUUCAGGCUUUGACAUCAACGCAAUUCAGGUCAAAUAUCUUCGGGAGUUGAUCGCGUUUGUCCCUCAAAAGGCUGUCUUCUUCAACGGGUCAAUCAGAGACAAUAUAGUGUAUGGUCUUCCCGAGAGAUUGACAUGCUACGACUCCGAUAUCUAUGCCGUUCUGGAGGUUGUCGAUAUGAGGGAGUUUGUGCAAUCGCUUCCAGACCGACUGGACACUGCUGUUGGUGAUUCGGUACAUACGUUGAUAUCAGGUGGUCAGGCCCAGAGACUCUCUAUUGCUAGAGCGUUGCUGAGGAGACCCAGACUGCUGAUUAUGGAUGAGUGCACAGCAUCGCUUGAUCCUGCGAACACCCAAAGAAUCGCACAUUUCGUCGAAACGUGUCUCAAAAGACGGGCCGAUAUCACCACCAUAAUGGUGACCCAUUCAAGAGAAAUCAUGAAGGUGGCUUCCAGGGUGGUGGUGAUCAAGGACGGUCAGAUGGUGGAGGAAGGCACCUACGAUGGACUGAUGAACACUGAUGGUGAACUCGACCGAAUAGCAAACACAGAGUAA